UCGAAUAGCACGCAGCCUCGUACUGUACUGACAUGAGUGUAGCGGCGUGAUGGUGGAUCUCCGUCCCAGAUAACCCGAAAAACCUUAAAAAAAUGACGGACUACGCCGAGGAGCAGAGGAACGAGCUGGAGGCCAUUGAGUCUAUCUACCCGGACUCUUUUACAGUCCUUUCAGACAACCCCACAAGCUUCACCAUCACAGUCACGUCAGAUGCUGGAGAGAAUGGAGAAACGGUCGAAACCUUGCUUAAGUUCACAUAUGUGGAGAAUUAUCCAGACGAGCCCCCGCUUUGGGAGAUUCAGUCACAGGAAAACUUAGAAGACGGAGAUGUAGAGGAGAUACUCGCACUAUUGCAGCAACAGGCUGAGGAAAACUUGGGCAUGGUGAUGAUUUUCACUUUGGUCACAGCCGUUCAGGAGAAACUUAAUGAAAUUGUGGACGCCAUAAAAACCAGACGAGAAGAAGAGAAACUACGGAAAGAGAAGGAGGCAGAGGAAGCAGAGAAGAAAGCCUUCCAAGGCACAGUGGUCACAAUAGAAAACUUUUUGGCCUGGAAAGCCAAGUUUGAGCUGGAGAUGACAGAAAUCAGGAAGAAGAGGCAGAAAGAGGAGGAGCAGGCGGGGAAAAACAAACUCACAGGAAAGCAGCUGUUUGAGCGAGACCACAACCUCGACACGUCUGACAUUCAGUUUCUUGAAGAUGCUGGGAACAACGUGGAAGUGGACGAGUCUUUGUUCCAGGAUAUGGAGGACUUGGAUUUGGAAGAUGAUCCAGACUUUGACCCCUUGGAGAUGGGAAGCGACGAAGACUGAAGGACUUAAAACCAGAGCUCCCUCUUCAAACCAGUCCAAUGCAAAAACUCAUUUAUUUUCUAAAGACUCUGCAGCAAAUGGAAAUACCUGCCUAACAACGUACGCAACAGCAUAAUCACAUUUAUUACAUUUUUAUUUGUAUCAAGAUGGCUGAGCAAUUAAAUUUAACAAAUACUGUAA